UAAUGGAGAAAGCCUUCACUUUUUUUCUCUUAACAAUCCUCUUGUUGCUUCACUAUGUUAUGGAAAGUUCAGCCAUGACCCAUACCAACAUUACGACUGAUCAAUUAGCUCUUCUUUCUUUAAAAUCUCAAAUCACUUCGGACCCCUUUCACUUCUUUGAUGAAAGUUGGUCUCCCACUUCUUCUGUUUGCCAUUGGGUUGGAAUCACUUGUGGCUCUCGUCACCAACGAGUGAAGUCCUUGAAUCUUUCCAACAUGGCUCUUACGGGCAGGAUUCCCCGUGAUUUUGGAAACCUCACAUUUCUUGUUUCUCUUGACUUGGGAAACAACAAUUUCCAGGGAAAUUUGCCUCAAGAAAUGGCAUGCUUACGUCGACUUAAGUUUAUUGAUUUAAGUCUCAACAACUUUAGAGGGGAGAUUCCUUCUUGGUUUGGGUUUUUACACCAACUUCAAUAUCUAAGUCUUAGAAAUAAUAGUUUCACCGGUUCACUCCCCUCUUCAUGUUUUAAUAUUUCAAAGCUUGAAUCUUUGGAUUUGACAUUCAAUUCGUUAGAAGGUCAAAUUCCAAAGGAGAUUGCAAGUGUUGAAAACCUCGGAUAUUUAAGCUUGUAUGGAAACAAUCUCAUAGGGCCUAUUCCUCUGUCACUCUCGAAUGCCUCAAGGUUGGAGAUGUUAGUUUUAUCUAGCAAUUUACUUCAAGGGAACAUUCCAGAAGGGAUAGGAAAUCUUCACAACAUGAACUCGUUGUUGAUAGAAGAUAAUCAACUUACGGGUUCUAUACCAUUCACUAUUUUCAAUAUUUCUAGAAUCGAAGUCAUUGCAUUUACAAAUAAUAGCUUAUCAGGAAGUCUUCCAAAUGGUUUAUGCAAUGGUCUUUCAAUACUCACAGGGCUUUAUCUAUCAAAAAACAAGCUUCAUGGUCAUAUGCCUUCAAGUUUGUCAAAUUGUUCACAACUUCAAAUAUUGGAUUUAUCAACAAAUGAGUUUGAUGGACCAAUACAUAGUGAAAUUGGAAGAUUGAGUAAAUUGCAAACAUUGCAUCUUGGAUCCAACCAUUUCACAGGGAUAAUUCCACAAGAAAUCGGAAAUCUUGUUAAUUUGGUGAAGUUAGUGGUGGAGAUAAACCAGAUUACCGGCUCUAUCCCCAUCUCCAUAUGCAAUAUCUCCUCGUUGCAAUUUGUUUCACUAUGGAGGAACAAUCUCAAGGGAUCCUUACCACCGGAGAUUGGCAACUUAACCAAGAUGCAAUUUUUAUAUCUUGACGAUAAUAGGUUUACUGGUGAAAUACCCAAAGAGAUAAGAAAUCUUGUUGAAUUGGAGCAACUUAGUGUUGGGUUUAAUAGUUUUAGUGGUUCACUUCCAAUGGAAAUCUUCAACAUAUCAGGGCUGAUACUAAUUGAUCUUACAUCCAACAAUCUAUCAGGAACCCUUCCACAAAACAUUGGUUCUAUCUUACCCAACAUUGAACAGCUUUAUCUGAGUGAAUUAACCAAUCUUGGUGGGACUAUUCCUCUUUCUAUCUCCAAUUGUUCAAAGCUUACUAAUCUAGAGCUUUCACAAAACAAACUCAGUGGCUUGAUUCCCAAUUCUCUUGGAUAUUUAACUUAUCUACAGUUCCUAAACUUGGGGGGAAACAAUUUAACCAGCGAUUCGUCGUUAAGCUUCCUAACUUCAUUAACCAAUUGCAGAAAUUUGACAUUCCUUUCUAUACAUUCCAACCCACUAAGUGUCGCGCUUCCUGUCUCCAUAGGGAACUUCUCCACAUCUCUUGAAAAGUUUGAUGCCUCUGCUUGCAAGAUCAACGCCCAGAUUCCACAUGAAGUUGGAAACUUAACCAAUUUAAUAGACCUUGAUCUCUCUGAAAACGACUUAAGUGGAUCGAUUCCAACAUCAACUCAGAACUUGAGAAACCUUCAGCGCUUCAACUUGAGUGACAACAAACUUACAGGAUUUAUUGGAGAUCAUAUAUGUAAAUUGCAGCAUUUGGGUGCUAUUUACUUGGGUCAAAAUCAACUUUCAGGAUCUCUUCCUAAUUGUUUAGGGAACGUCACCUCCCUUAGAGAGAUACAUUUGGGGUCCAAUAAAUUGAGUUCCAAUAUCCCAACAAGCUUAGGGAAUCUUAAAGAUUUACUGCUUCUUGACUUAUCGUCAAAUAACAUGGUUGGUUCUUUACCUCCAGAAAUUGGAAAUCUAAAGGCUGUGACACUGAUGGAUUUGACGAUGAAUCAAUUCUCAAAUGGAAUUCCAAGAGAAAUUGGAGGAUUGCAAAAUUUGGUGCACCUUUCGUUGAGACACAACUUGUUUCAAGGAUCUAUACCUGACUCAAUGAGCAACAUGGUAGGUUUGGAAUUCCUAGACAUUUCUCAUAAUAAUAUAUCAGGAAUCAUUCCUAUGUCUUUGGAGAAGCUUCAAAACCUGAAGUAUUUCAAUGUUUCUGACAACAAGUUGUACGGUGAAAUUCCCUCGGGGGGUCCUUUCAAGAACCUCUCGAGUCAGUUUUUCAUCGAUAAUGAAGCAUUGUGUGGUUCUUCAAGGUUUAGUGUCCCGCCAUGCCCCACAUCAUCAAAGCACAGAUCAAAUAGUAAAAAAAUGCUUGUUCUAUUUCUUAUGCUGGGAAUUGCACUUGUAUUUGUUCCUAUUACCUUUGUGUUUGUAUGGAUAAGGUAUAGAAGAGGUAAAAGAGUACCUCAACAAGCUGAUUCAUUACCUACCGUAACGAGAGAAAGAAUUUCAUACUAUGAACUGCUUCAAGCAACUGAUUCGCUUAGCCAGAGUAAUCUGAUUGGUUCUGGAAGUUUUGGCUCUGUUUACAAAGGUGUUCUCAGAAGUGGGACUGCCAUUGCAGUUAAAGUGUUCAACCUGCAACUGGAAGCGGCAUUCAAGAGUUUUGAUACAGAAUGUGAAGUUUUGCGUAGGCUUCGCCAUAGGAAUCUCGUGAAAGUCAUCACUAGUUGUUCCAACCUUGAUUUUAAGGCUUUAGUGCUCGAGUAUAUGCCAAAUGGGAGUCUUGAGAAGUGGUUGUAUUCACACAACUACUUCUUAAACAUCAUGCAGAGACUAAGCAUUGUGAUAGAUGUGGCAUGUGCGUUAGAAUAUCUUCACCAUGGUUGCUCCUCUCCCGUGAUUCACUGUGAUAUAAAGCCUAGUAACGUCUUGCUAGAUGAGGAUAUGGUUGCCCACCUUAGCGACUUUGGUAUUGCAAAACUACUUGGUGAAGAUGAGAGUGAUUUGUACACAAAAACCUUAGCAACAUUGGGUUAUAUUGCACCGGAGUAUGGACUGGAUGGAUUGGUGUCAGUAAAAUGCGAUGUCUAUAGCUACGGGAUCAUGUUGCUGGAAACAUUUACCAGGAGAAAGCCUAAUGAGUUUAAGGGAGAUCUUAGCUUGAAGCAAUGGGUGAGUUAUUCACUUCCACAGGCAGUAAUGGAUGUUGUAGAUGCCAACUUGGUAACCCAAUUAGAUAAUCGCUUACAAAAGAAGCUAGAUGUUGUGUCAUCAAUCAUGAAAGUGGCAUUAAAUUGUUGUGCUGAAUCUCCGGCAAGAAGGUCAAACAUGAAAGAUGUUGUAGGGAUUCUACAGAAGAUCAAGCUUCAACUUCUUGCAUGAUGAGCAUGUUCUCGGAAUGUAUUGCUCCAAAUCACUCGUUUGUUUUAUGGAAAGAUUGCUUUUUUUCUUUUCUUUUCUUUUUUUUGGUUUUGUUUUAGCACUUGAUUAGUGCAUGAUUCUGUUUUCAGAAAUGCUAGUUGAUUGCAAUAAAUUUUACUGUUUCCUCUUAAAAGUAGUGUUGCAAAAUGGUGGAACUUGUAUAUUGAUCCUCUUGAAAAUUU